AGAUAGAGGUAAGAAAAGUUUUCAUAUUCUUUCAUUUGUUUCCAUUGAGCUCACGAAACAAGAAUCAUCAAUUUACUAAUUUUCCUUAAUUCGUAGUAACCAUUUUCUUAAUCACAUUAAUCUGUGAUUUUGUGUAAUUUACCUGUGAUUAUCAUCGUAACAUUUAAUUCAGUUUCAAUUGCAUCUGAUUAAUCAACAAAAUCAACUCCAAGAAACUAAGUGAUUAUUUUUCAAAUUGAUUAUGUCCAAAAAUUUUUCAUUACUUUUGUGUGUCCAGUUUUUAAUCAACGAUAAAUAUCACUUAUAAUGACUUGAUUUGGUUAACAAUUAAGGUUAAAUCAAUUGUACACCGUUAAAUUGUUCAUCAUCAUCAUCAUCAAAAAAUUUGUUCUCAAUCAUUUUUAAAUUAUCAGGAUUUUAUGAAUGUUAAUUGUUUCAUGAGAAAGGAGUAAUAAAAGUGUCAACAAUUAGCAUCCUCGGAUCUUAAUCAAUCAAAUUUUCACGAAAAAAUUGAUUACUUAUUGACCUCAAUCAAGAAAAACUUUUCCUCUGGUCAAUCAUCAAGAUACUGACCAGCUAUACCUGAAGAGACUAACAAAACAAACAAUCAAAAAAGACUCAAUCAAAGUGAAAGUUAUUUAAUCAAAACAAUCAAAAUGCAUCUCAAGAUUCUAUUUAUAUUGAUUACCUGUUAUCAAUUAACUGAAGGAAAACCUUAUGUUAAUACAAGGAGAUUAUCGUUUGGUGAGCAAAUGACUUGGAGAUUUGGAGGUUGGAAGCCAAUGACUCCUUCGGCUUCGGGAUUAAGAUCAGAGGAUAAUCUUUCAGGUCUUGGAAGUUUAUUAAUCCCUCCAGGCAAUAAUAAUAGUAGCACUUUAAAUCAUCAACAAAAUGUUAAUAGUAAUAAUAAUUUUCUAAAUUCUAAUAUUAAUUUACCAACAAAUAGUAAUAACUUUUAUAAUAAUAAUCAAACAAGUGCCAAUGGAGUUGUUAUUACAUCGGCGGGUUCACGAAAUGUAUCUUUAAGCUCAAAUGGUAAUCAUUUAUUAAGAGUUAAUCCAGCUAAUGGAUUAACUUCAUCUUCUUCUUCAACGCCAUCUUCAUCAUCUACUCCAUCAUCAUCAUCAUCUUCUUCAUCAUCUUCUUCUUCACCUUUAACUCUUUUACCUGUUUCAACUUCGGGCUCUGGUUCAUUGAGUUCACCAGAAUCUUCAGAAUCUCAUCUGAAUCCAAAAUAUCGUCAUGUUGAUAUGGAACAGAUGAAAAUCGAUGAUUAUCUUGGUGGAGUUGGUAAAGGUUUCCCUGGGUCACCAGGUCCAUAUUCAACCGGCGCUGUCCACGGUUUUUAUGGUCCAUCUAUGGGCCAUAAUUUUGGUAAAUCGACUUAUGGUUUCCCUGGUUCCAUGAAAGGAGGUCACUCAUCUCGUCCAUCUUUCCAUCCUCAUCCUGGACAUUUGUCUUACCUUGGCCGUGGUCUUCCACUUCCUGGCUCUCAUCUUGGGCCCCGUCCUAAUCGCCAUGAGGUCACCGGUGGUAAACCCGUUAAAGAUGCUGAACUUCACGCUUAUCGGGUAAUCAAACAGUUAAAAGAGCGCGGUAGAGAUAUAAGGAAAGACUUUGGUAUUGUUGAUGCUUUUCCCGUUAAUCGUGGACUCUACCCGAAAGUGACCACUGGUGAAGGUGGUAAACGUUAUGUUACCGUUCCGGUCGCUAUUGAAACCGAUCAUGAUAAAGUGUUAACCCAAAAUGAUAUUAAAGAUAUUGAGAAAGAGGUUUUAAAAAUUAUUCCCGAGGUCGAACAUGGUUUAGUUGAAGGUGCGGUCAAAGAUGGUGCUCGAGUUAUUGAACUACCCGGCGGUGAAAAGGGUGGCCGAUCGAUUGGUCGUCCUCCAAUAAAGGUCACUUCUCCUUCAUCUGCAGGAGGUGGACGUCACAUUCCAGGUCAUUCGGGUGUAAUAACUGGACCUUCUCCAAUCAUCUAUGACAAUUUAGCUGCCAAUCCGAUUAAAUCACGAAUCUCAUCAAUCUUCCGGCCACUUUUAUCGAAAUUCCGAUCACCAAUUGGUCGUCCACAAUUAAAUCCUCAACCUUACAGUUCCAGUGAUCCUAAAAAUUUAAACGUAAUCCAUUUAAUUGCUCACCAAGAUCGACAUCCAUCCGUUGUACCCAUUGACAGGUUAGUUCAACGUCCUGAUGUUUCAGGUAAUGGUCAAACUGUCGGUGGUCAAGUUAACACUAAUCAACAACAAUCUCGAUUCCCUGGAAUGGUUCAUGGUCAACAGCCAAUGACCAAUUUACAAUAUAAGAUAAUUCAUCCUCCACAAGGACAAGGUCAACCUGGUAAACAACAUUUCAUUGAAUACAAUCCCCAUCAAGGAUCACCACCAUCACCACCCUCAGGUCCAGUUAUUGGUCAUCAUCAUCAACAAUCAGGACCUCAAUCACCACCUUACGAAAUGAUUGAAGUUCCUCGAGGUUAUGAUGUUUCACCCGAUCAUCUACUCGAAAGUCCACCUCAAGUUGUACCAAUUAACGGUGAACAAUUGGUCGAUCUUAAGGCAAACCAAUACAAUUCCGGUGAUGAAAAUCAACCAAAUCAACACCAACACCAACACCAACACCAACAACAUCAACAUCAGCAACACCAUCAAGGUCAACCCCAACCAUCAACAUCUUAUGUUACUGACCAAGGUCCAACUCCUGGUUCAAUUGAGAUAGUUAACCGACCAACUGAAGGAAAUGGCUACUCUGAUCAACAACCACCUUCAUCCGUUUAUCCAACAACCGGAUCACCAAACUACGAAUCAACUAAUUACGAUGACGAAAAUGAUAAACAACCAGAAAACAAUGGUUAUGGUCAAGGAAACAUUGAUAAUCAUAAUGGUGGUCAACAGGGUUACGAUGGUAAUCAACAGCAAAAUUCACAACAUGAAGGUAAUUAUGGUUCCAAUCAUGGUGACCAUUCAGUGACCGAUUAUCCAAAUCCAGUUGGUCCAGAAUACAAUUUGAAUGCUCAUUCAGGUCAAAUUGAACGGCCAAGUAAAGAUUAUCAAUCGGAAGGUAACAAUGAUGAUCGAGAUGAAACAAAUAACGGUAACAACGAUGAGGGAGAUAACCAUGGGUCAACUUUGACACCUUCAGUUAAUUAUGCCGAAUCACCCAAGAUUGAACUUCUCAAUGGAGCCUCACCCGAUUUCAAUGGAAAACCUUACACCACACCAAGUGAAUUAGACACUAAAAUGUUGAUCAAUUUAAUCUCUAAUCAAAUACCCUCUCUUGGCAAUGUCCUCAAAGGUGAAGGUGAACCAAAUGGUAAAGGUCACGAAGAAGGUGACAGAUCUCGAGGUGUUGAUGGCCCAAAUUAUGGUGAUAAUAAUAAUCAAGGUGACGAUGGUUAUAAUAAUCAUAACAAUAAUCGAGGAAAUCAACAAGACAUUUCCUCACCACCUCCAAUCUAUGGUGGCGGUGAUUCAGUAAACACCAACGACGAAAGCGGCAAUGAUAAUAGUAAAGGAGAUUCACCUCAGAAUUAUGGUAACGCCGAUGGAAACAAUUAUCCCGCGAGAGAAAAUACCUUCACCGAAUCAGCAGUUAACCAAGACGAUAGUCCAAGAUUCGGUGAUCGGAUUAGAGGUCAAGAAGUGAUCUACGCUAAGGCUGAACAUUACGACGAUCAACACUAUCAAUCUAAUUCUCAUUCUUCAUCUGGCCUUUACUCGGAAAGUAGUAACAGUCGCGAAGUUAGAGUCAAGAGCGACAAUUCAACUAAAAAAGAUUCGACGGUCAAUUCUGAUGACGGUGAAAGUUUCGUUUUCGUUAAAUUAGAUGAAAAAGAUAAACCAAUCAAUGGAAAAGUUAUUUUCGGACAUCGAUCAAACUCCAAUGGUACAACUUCCGAUGACCACGAGAAAAGUGACUCAUCUAAAUCGUAUCAUGCUUACUACGAAUCAGCUGAUCACAUUCCCCCCUCAGGAUAUGUACGAUUAACAAUUAAAGAGUUCAAGGAAUUAUUUAAAGACGCAGAUAUUAAUUAUUCAAAAGAUCAAUCAAAUGAACAAUUGGUUUCAUCAUCUUCUGAACUGAAUCAACAAUUAACCUCAUCAUCUAAAUCCUCUGAUGAUCAUCAACCAACAGCAAUUGAUUCAGAAAUUGGUGAUGAAGUUACAACAAUUAAAUCGCCAUCUGAUCAACAAUCAGAUCAACAUUUAUCUACAUCCACAAUUAAACCAAUCAGUAGUUUGCCAUGAAAAUCUGAAUAAAAUUAAUUGUCACUCAAAAACAAUUAAACGCCAACAAAAUCAUAUUAAUUGAUUAAUUCAUCCUCGUCAUCAUCUUUAAUUAUUAUCUUCAUCUUCAUUCAAAUCUUCAUCUUCAAUUGUUUCAUUAUUAUUAACUUUUUGUUUUCAUUAAUAAGAAAAAAAAAAUUUUACAUUUUUCCAUCACAAUUUAGUUUAAUCAACAAUCAAAUUAAAUCAAAUUAACUCUAUUGAACAAAAAUUCAAUCCCAAGCCAUACAAGAAAAUUUAAUUACAUCAACAAUCAAAGUAAAACAAUUAACUCUAUUAUUAUUUAUAUAAAUAUGAAUGUUGAAUGUUUAUACCAUUUAAAAUACAUCUGAUUGUCAAUUGUAACAAUUAACUAAUUGUGUUAAACGAUUUUUUCUUCACCUUAAUUGAUCAUAAAUUUUUUCUUGUAAAUCAUUUAACCUUUUCAACUGAUUAAGGUAAACACAUUUCGAUAUCAAUGCUGAUUAGAUAUUGAAACAACUUUUCCACGUAAAUUAAAUUUGAUUGUUAACUAAACGAAAAAUUAAAAAAAAUCCAAAUUAAAUUUUUCCUUCU